CUUUCGUCUGCUCUGGAUCCAUCUCGCUCCUCCUGCUGCCCGCACCCGAUGGACACUCUGCUGCUCCGACUCGUCGUUCUGCUCGGCUGUCUGGGCUGGGCUCACUCGCUCAGCUGCGGUUCGGCUGGCAACUGGACCAUCAUCAGCUCCCAGAGCGCCCUCGCCCAGUAUGCCAACUGCACCCAGUUCCUGGGCUCUGUCUCCAUCAACGGCUCGGAUGUCAGCGACCUGUCGCCUCUCCAUUCGCUGACCUCUGUCCAACUCGCCGUCGAGAUCACCAACACCAAGCUCUUUAAUCUCCAGGGGCUUUCGUCGCUCCAGAGCAUCGGCGACAAGUUCUUUAUCCACUCAAACCCGAGUAUGGCCGCCCUCGACGGACUCGCUGUCCAAGUGGUCACCGGCGGCAUCUUCAUCUACGACUUGCCCGUGCUCAAGUCGAUCUCGUCGCUCAAGUUCCUGAACUACAUCAACCCCAACGGCUCCGCCCAGUAUCCCUUUGGCCUCUCGAUCUAUCGCAACCCUGCCCUCAGCAGCCUGGAUGGUCUUCAAAACCUCAAGACCAUCGGUAACUCGUUCUUCCUUGGGGAUCUGCCCCUCAUCAGCGACUUUACAGGUCUGCCGGCCAACAUCACCACCGUCAACUUCACACUCUCCAGCCUGAGCACGGUGGCGUCCUUCAAGGCCUUCCCGCCACUGGCUGCCGUUCCGGGCACCUCGGGUGUCGCCGUUACCAUCAGCUCCAUGAGUGUCAGCACCCUCGAUGGCCUCGUCGUCCCCACCAUCUCCAACCUCACCAUCUCCAGCAACAGCCAGCUGACUUCUAUCGCUGCCCUCAAGAGCUCCACCCUCAACGGCCCUGCCGUCACCAUCACCCAAAACAACUACCUGUGCGACUAUUCGGGCAUCAACACCACCGCCCUGGCCAUCCGCGGUGGCAUCAUCAACAUUGCCAACAACUGCGGCUCAUCCACGGUCGGCAGCGUCCUCGGCCCCACCCCGACAGGCCUUCUGUCGCUCCCCAGCUCAGGACGAUCCACCGUCCCCGGCUUCUUUGUCGCCCUGGUAGCGUCGCUGACCGUCUAUUUUGCUACUGCUCAUCUCUGAGCACUGUCCUGGAGGCUCUGAUCGGCACCAUCGCUGCCGACAGCAUGCUGUAAUGCCUGUUUCUCACUCACGUCCGAAGCUCAGUCGUAGUCACAGCCACCCGAUAGAUUUGAACCGGUGCAUGUGCCUCUUGCCCUCGCCCACAGAACUAGAUACUAAAGCGCAUCUAAAACGAAACGGGAUGCCUGUUUUGAGCCGGAGCUGUCGGUCUUUUUUUGUGUGUCCUGAAUACAUUCCAUGAAUCGCGCCCGUCAUGGUCAGACGGUA